UGUUACAACAUACACAAGAAAAGUUACAUCAGGCAGAAACAGACCGAAACUACUGGGUGGACAGGAUGAGUCGGGUGACGGGAGAGAAACUAACCCGAGAUAACCCAGAUGUUACUGACCUAAGUGACCCAAAACGACCCAACAAAUUAGGAGACGAAUAUAGUGAACUGUACGAUAACGAAUGGACGGAUGCCAUGGAAAUACUCACGGAAACAACGGAAGCAAAAGACAGUGAUCGCAGAGGAAUUGACAUCUUACUUAAUAUUCUUCAGCGUACGCAUGAAUCGUGUAUUACGAUUGCAGAUAAUCAAAUGAAGAACUUACAAACAGCUGUUAUGCUAGAGACCAGCGCGGAGAAUGUAAAUCAGCGAUUAGAAUCACUCAAAGAGAAAUUCGGGGACUUUCCCUUGGACAAGCUGGUACCAUUCGUCAAUAAAUGUACAGAGAUAUGCUGGGCAAUGGUAAUGCAAAGUCCACGCAUGGAGUUCCUCUUCCCUACAGAAGUACAUGGAGUGAAAUUCAAUAAGAACCAUUUUAAACAAUUCGUGCAUUCUGGAGAGACAUUGGAUUUCGUUGUCUGGCCCGCUUUGGCUACACACAAAAACGGCCCCCUCCUUGUAAAAGGCGUUGUUCAGCCUAAUGCCAAAUAG